CCAACACGAAAAGACGGGACCAUCUUCAAAAUCGGAACUGCCCCCCUUUGCAACGGCUCUUCUUACUCUGCUUCCAAACUUCUUCACAAGAAAUUCUUUUCUGUUCUUUUUUUUUUCUGUUUCCUUUACGGUGCAAGGGGCGCACCAGAAGCAGCAUCAGCAGCUUACUCUUAUUAUUGUUUUAAUUCCCCUCCGAGUUUCACAGGAUUCGGUCACGCCCCUCCUUUUUUUUUUUCUAGCUUACCUGCCCGUGGAACGAGCGCACGCGUACUCCUACUCCUUCGGCCUUCUAUCGUGAUCUGGCUUGGCGCAAACGAAGAGACGGUCGGGGUCUGACUGCGGCUUUUUGAAGGAAACAAAAAGAGCAGCAACGACCUUUGGAUACUGGGAAUCCCUUGGGUCUUGCGCUUCUACGUCUCCCAUCCCGGAGGCUGUCCGACUGACCAGCCAUCCACCACCACCACCACCACCACCACCAUGGCACCCUCGACAAAAUCAGAACCGUUUCCGGAGCUCAGCUCGGCGGCAGACCGCCAAUUACACUCCGAGGCUACCGCAGCCCGUCGCCGUAGAAAGUCGAGCGGCCUUGGACAAGCAUUGCGCGUCGGUGACACUGGCGCACCCGCCUUGGCCACCAGUCUUGCCCUCUCACAGAAGGAUUCCAAAGAUGUCGCUGCGCCACCAGGCAAGAAAUUUUCUAAGCGGCGCAAGGCGCGCUCCCUCCUCCGCCGCGCCAAAAACUAUGCCAUCAAACACACGUGGGCCUUGCCCUUGGCCAUCCUGAUGGCAUUCCUAUCUCUCUACGCCAUCAACCCGACCGAGAGCAACCCGAUCCACCGCUUUAUCUUCCUCUCAUACAAGCUACCGACUUCGAGUCCCGAUGAGAUCCCGCAAUACGGCAAAGGCCUCUGGGACAUUGCCUUUGUAUCCUUCUACACCAUCGUCUUGUCCUUCACCCGCGAGUUCAUCAUGCAGGAGGUUCUGCGCCCCAUGGCGCGCUGGGCCGGCCUCAAGUCGCGCGGAAAGCAGGCUCGGUACAUGGAGCAAAUGUACACGGCUCUCUACUUUGGUAUCAUGGGACCCGUUGGUAUGUACGUCAUGAGCCGCACGCCCGUCUGGUACUUCAACACCGUCGGCAUGUACGAGAACUUCCCGCACAAGACCCAUGUGGCUGUGUUCAAGUUUUAUUACCUUUUCCAGGCUGCCUACUGGGCGCAGCAGGCCAUCGUGCUUCUCCUGGGAAUGGAAAAGCCCCGGAAGGAUUUCAGGGAGUUGGUCUGCCAUCAUAUUGUCAGCUUGGCCUUGAUUGGCUUGAGCUACCGCUUCCACUUCACCUACAUCGGUCUUGCGGUCUACAUCACCCAUGACAUCAGUGAUUUCUUCUUGGCGACAUCCAAGACUCUCAACUACCUCGACCACGCGCUCACCGGCCCCUACUACUUCACCUUCAUGUGUGUAUGGAUCUACCUGCGCCACUACCUCAACUUGCGCAUCAUUUGGAGUCUGUUCACCGAGUUCAAGACCGUUGGCCCUUACGAGCUCAACUGGGAGACUCAGCAGUACAAGUGCAGCCUCUCCUUCGUCAUCACGCUCGCUUUGCUCGGCUCCCUUCAGGCGCUCAACCUCUUUUGGCUGUUCUUCAUCAUCCGCAUCGCUUACCGCUUCGUUGUCCAUAAAGUUGCCAAGGAUGACCGCAGCGAUGAUGAGUCGGAGUUGGAAGACGAUGUUACCGAGGAGAAGCCUACCGCUAAUGGCUCUACCACCAAGAGGUAGAUUGGGGGGAGUAACAGCAUCUUUCUGUUAUCAUUACCGCUUGUACUAGAGUCACUAUAAUUGGGGGGGUUUCCGGUGAUGAUGUAUGACGUGCAUCUAUAUCUAUCUAUUUGUACACGACUUCGGCACAUUAAACGUCCCCCCCAUCAUGUUUGUAUAUGGAAAAAAAGGGAGUGGGAGUGAAACGACGGUGUACAUCAUUUGUAACUACAUGGAAAUGAAUCACACACCAUACGACCAUCUGGGAUGAAUCGGGGAAGGGAUUAGAAAAGGGUUCGGGAAAAGAAGCAAUGAAAGGAAGAAAGGAUACUUGCACAAGUCCUGUGCAUGAAAAAUCUACAUAAUUGGCUAUCACACACUCGCUUCUCAAACGGCGACCCUUGAAACAUACAGUGGUGCAAAGGAUAAAAUAGGGAUAAGUAAACAAAGUGAAAGUGGGAUCACGAACUAUCUGGCCACGUCAAACUUCUCGGUCCUGC